AUGUUGAUUGGUUUCUUAAUCUAUCAACGUGAUCAAAUACAUUUUCGGCAUCUGCUAAAAGGUUUCCAAGCACAUGGAACAAAAUCUUCAGAUGAAUAUCGAAAACUAAUCGCACUGAUACGUGAAACUCAAACAGCACAUUUGUAUCCAGUGUCACCGACUAGCAAAACAUCACACCAAGUACCAUAUUCAUCUUUCAACCCGCAUAUCAAUCCUUGUUCGAAACGCUUUUAUUUACCGACAUGUCCGAUAUUUCACUAUAAUGAAUUGAUAUUUGACUUUGAAAAUGUCUCAACAAACUUAUUCAGCGAUGUAAAUACUUUUGAAAAAGUGUGUCAAUUAGAAUGGACUUUACGUUCGAGAUAUGCAGAUUGUUUGCAAUCAACAAAUGAAACUUGUUGUCAACAAGUUGGACCAGUUUCGCUACUGCUCGGUGAUACAUUUUCUGACUCAACACAAUGUGAAAAUCUCACUCAGACUCAACUAGAAGACUUUCAAUCUCAAUGGUUACUGUGUAAUUCUACUUUCUGUUCGAAUCAUCGUCUUCACCAUUAUCUCCAAUACGUUUCUGCGUCUUCAGUAUUGAAAAUAUAUCUACACAUUGAACACUCGAACCGACUCCUACAUUUCUAUGAUUAUUUUCAAACCUCGAAUCAAGCACUUCCUUUAGUUCACGUCAAUUUCAAUCAGCAUAACGAACAAAUCCUUUUCAAACAUCUUCUCCAUCGUUACCUUCCAUUUCUCUACAUCACCAUUAUUCUUUAUAUCUUAUGUCUUUUAUCAUUUGUUAAAAAUCUUUUCUUUGUUUUCAUUAUUAUUGUUCACAUAUUCCAAACGCUUGUUUUCACAUUUGUUAUCUACAUUUACAUAUUCCACUUUCCUAUGACGGUUCUUAAUUACACAAGUAUAACAUUGUAUUUGUUUAUUAUUCUAAUUGAUUCGUUUCUUUGGUAUGCUUGCUGGUUUGUUAAUAAUCACCGACGAGAUGAUUGUACGAUCAAUCGGAUUAUUGAAAAUUUAUUAACACAAAUCUUCUACUAUUGUGUACCGAAAAACUUAACGGCAAUUAUCAUUUUGAUUAUUACGUAUACGAAUCAAAUUAUUGCACUACAGUGCUUUUCGAUAUUUGCGGUUCUACUGAUUAUAAUUUCACUUUUUAUAUCGUUUAGUUUAUAUCCCGUUUCAUUUAUUUUCAUUCUUCGAUACAAAUCAUCCAUUCCAACAAUCGAACAGUUCUUACAUCGUGUAUUAACAACCACGAAACUGAAUUGUUUUAUCGACCGAACUGUCUCAUUUCUUAUCAUACGUUUGAAAGCCUUCUGGUUAACAAGUCUUUCAUUGAUUGCAUGUGUAGCAUUUGUAAUUGUAUUUCAAUGGCCUAAACUGCAGUUCAACGUGUGUCGAAUCACAUUCGAUACAUUACCAUGCCAUUUCACAUCGAACAAGAUCCUGCCGACAAUGAAAUCUUUAGAUAUUGACAUAACAUAUUACAUUGGUUCACGCUGGGAGGUACCGAAUGAAUCGAUGAUACCGAAUCGUGAUAUUCCGAUCUUGGACUACAACACGGAAAACAAAUUAACACUAGCGUCAGGCACAUUUCAUACAUUCGAAAAUGCUUUGGAGACAAAUUUGACACAACUAAUAGAGUUUUGUUCACAAUUGAGUGUCGAUAGAAAGAUACAAUAUUACGAAUAUAAAUCAAACGAACGAAGACUAUCCUAUCGACACUACCAUCGACAUAUCAAUACUAAUGAGUCAUCACCAGAUACGACGAAUCUAUUUAAAAGAGUCACUCAUUUUCCAUUAACGAUCAAUCAUGUUCAUUGUUUCGGUGAUUUAUCUUCGUCACCCUUGAAUUAUCCAUCGUCAUCAUCAUCAUCAACGAAAUUGUCAUCGGUUAUCUCUCAACAUGCAAAUUCGUCGUUGAAUUGUUCAUCUAUAUGCUCACAAAAUCAAACACGAAGUGCCUACGAAUGUAUCAUUUGUCUGAAUUCAUUGUAUUAUAAUUCGAAUUCUCACGAUGAUCUAUUUCUAAUAAAAAACGGCCUGCGUUUCAUCAGCGAUUCGCAAAAUGCCCGAUAUCUUCUACAAACAAUCAACUACAAAUGGGAUAUAUUAACUGAUGUGAAUAACUACGUGGAAUGGAAGAUCUUGAACGAGAUUCUGAAAACCAAUGAAAUCGGAAAAUUCUUUACGAAAAUCUUUCCACAUAUGAAUUUCUGGUGGUCUAGUGAAAUAUUUUCAACAUAUACCAUCAUGGAACAAUUGGAACAGGAAAAAUAUGUCUUAACGGGUAUUAAGUUCACCAUCAUACUACUCUUCUUAGUCCUAUUCACUGGUGUAUUAGGCAUAUUCGUAACACUAACAACUCUGUUUAAUUUCUUAACCUCAAUUGCCAUAUUUACGCUAAUGAAAUAUAAAUUAACAGUCGAACAUAUGUCUUAUUUUACCAUUGGAUUGAUCAUUUGUUCUCAGUAUUCGAUACUCUACUCGAUUAGUUAUAAAUUAGCUCCGACAUUCUUCUUUCAACGUGAGAAUCGCACGAUAUAUUCGUUGAAACAGUUAUGCACGACGUUAUUUCAUCUAACAUUUUCCAUCUGUUUUAUAUCUGCUCCUUGUUUAUUUUCAUCUCUACAGUAUUUCUCGAAAAGUGCAAUGAUCUAUACAAUCUCAUCAAUGAUCAGUGUGAUUUACUCGACGUUUUUUCUUCAAUCGCUUCUUUGUUAUCUUGGUCCAUCUGGUCAUACAUGUUUUUUCAUACCAUGUCGAUUGAAAUUCUCUCGUCAUCUAACAUUACAGAUUCAUAAUGGAAAGGAUCUAUCACUAAGAAAAUCAUCGACCAAUUCACGACGACACCAACGAAUGUCAACAUCAUCUUAUUUUGCAUCAUCCUAUUUCUCACAAAUAUUUACUGGAUCGACUUAUUUCGAAAGUGAAUAUGGAGGUAUCAAUGAUGCGUUAACUAUUGGCUCGCGAAGACGUGAAAGCUCACGAAGUCAUCAACUAUCACACUUAAUCAAGCGAAAUUCAAUAUUAACAGGUGAACUUAUCGAACUGUACACCCCACGUGCUAGUUUAGCACCUUAUGGACAUCAUUUACAUCAUCAUCGAUACUCGAGGCAAUCGUCCGUACCACGCGGUGUACCAACAACAGGACCAGCACGGCCACUUUAUGUUUCACCAUCGGUAUCACCUUAUUCACAAUUAAGUAUUCAUUCACAAGCGAACAGUCGACAACGUUCACCUUCGCCACACACAUGUCGCACUUCAAGAUCGCCAUCGCCACAUUCCCUAGCACAACACUCUGCUACGGCCUCUCCAACACGUUCGCUUCGCCUGUGUUAUUCAGCACCACGUCUUCAUGCGACUCAACAGCGCCCACUCACGAGUACUUCUAAACAAACGGAUGCAGUAACGGAAGAAACGCCCAUCUUAACUCCUCAACUUCGCAAGAAAACCGUCAUGAUUAUUCACCGACAAGAUGCCAUAUCGUCGACAGAAGAUUACGAACAAUUAUCAGCAGCUAAUAAACGGGAUAUAUUGAAAUCAACUACGGUCGAAUCAAGUGGUGGUGUUUGGUUAAAGCGAUCGAAUAGCAGUUAG